AUGUCCUCCUACACAUCAGAAUAUCCUUCUGAUAGUGAUUUCGAUUCGGAGUAUAAGACUUUCUUUGAGAAGUUUUACGAAACGUCCGAUUCUCCAAGCGCUCACGAACAAUACUCAGAACAAUUCACACAAGAUGCUACGUUGAUCAUGCCCACCAAAAAGGUGCAAGGUCGUGAAGAAAUCUUGAGUUUGCGGAAAGGAAUGUGGGAGAAGAUAGUCAGAAGGAAGCACACAGCCCUGAAAGUGUUCCCCUUCGGUCCUAACGCAAAUGAGGUUAUGCUUUACGGUACUGUUCAGUAUAGCCUCAAGGAUGGUCGAGAAGCCACAGUCGAUUGGGCUGCUCGGGCCCACCUAGUCAAGAAGGACGGUACAGUGAUGAUGGACUUCUACCAGGUGUAUCUGGACACCGCUGCACAGAAUCCGAGCAAGUAG